AUGAUACCUUCUAACACAAUUUGCGUAUCGCAAGAGGGUCCCGCAAAUGCGUUAGCUUUGAAUAAAGACUGUUCACAAGUAGUAAUUGCUGGAAGAAAUGUUUUUAAAGUGUUCUCUAUAGGCGAGAAUGACUUUUCCGAGGUGUGUAAUCUAAGAGUGGGGAAAAAUUUGAAUUUAAACUUUUCUUCCAUUGAUGUUGCCUGGAGUACUAUUGAAGAAAACACCCUAGCCACAGCAGCAACUAAUGGCGCAGUGGUUGUAUGGAACCUGGGAAAAUCUGGCCGCUCAAAACAGGAACAUGUGUUCUCUGAUCAUAAAAGGACAGUCAAUAAGGUUAGUUUCCAUUUGACUGAGCCAUCUCUUCUCAUCUCUGGGUCCCAGGAUGGUAUGAUGAAAUGCUUCGAUCUUCGCAUGAAAGAGGUUGCUCGUACUUUUAUGAGCAACACGGAGUCGAUCCGCGACGUUCAGUUCAGUCCUCACCAAGCGCAUACAUUCGCGGCCGUGUCGGAGAACGGCACGGUGCAGGUGUGGGACUCGCGGCGCAGCGAGCGCUGCCUGCAGCAGUUCACGGCGCACUCGGGGCCCGUGUUCGCGUGCGACUGGCACCCCGACGUGCCCUGGCUGGCCACCGCCUCGCGCGACAAGACCAUCAAGGUGUGGGAUAUGCACGCCAAACCCAACCUGGAGCACACCAUUUACACGAUUGCUUCAGUCGGUCAUGUGAAGUGGCGACCUCAGAAGAAGUACCAGGUGGCGUCGUGCGCGCUGGUGCUGGACUGCGCGGUGCACGUGUGGGACGUGCGGCGGCCGCACGUGCCGCUCGCCACCUUCGCGGAGCACCGCGACGUCACCACCGCCAUCGCCUGGUUGUCGCCCGCCGCCUUCCUCUCCACCAGUCGGGACUGCAGCCUGUACCGGCACCGGUUCAGCGAGGCGGCGCACCCGGUGCUGUGGGCCAACCCGCAGGGCGUGUGCGUGUCCGCACGCGGGGAGCUCGCGCACGCCACGCCCGAGUGCCCGCUGCCCGCGCUCGCCGCGCACCGCUGCCCGCCGCCCCACGCGCCCGCGCCCGCGCCCGGCCUCGGACGCAAGCAGCCGACAGCAGGAUCGCUGGCGCCGAGCGCGCAGGCCGCGCUGGAGCGCGCCUUCCCCGGCGGCGCCGCCUCGAUGCUGGCGCGCCACGCGCCGGCGGGGGGCGCGGCGGGCGCGGGGGCCGCGGGGGACGGCGUGCUGCGGUGCGCGGCGCUGUACCGCAUGCGCGGGCAGCCGCCGCACGCGCUGGCCGCGCACAACGCGCAAGUGGCGCGCGACGCGAACCGACACUGCGUGGGGCACGUGUGGGAGGUGGUGCGCGCGGUGUGCUCAGCGCGAGCGGCGGCGCGGCGCGCGCCCGCCCCGCCCCCGCCCCGCGCGCCGCCGCCCCGCGCCGACCCGCCGCCCGCCCAGCCCGCCUACAGUGCUGUCGAAGAGGAACCGAUGGGAGAAGUAGAAGAAGAAUGGGCCGAGAACCAGUUCCAUAACAGUGGCGUGCUGGGUUUGCCAACGCAGAGUAUUUACAUCCCGCCCGCCAAGUUUGCUAAGCAGAUGCGCGAUGAUGAGGCGGGGUGUGGGUGGGUGUCGGCCGCUUCUGCGCACUACGUGGACGUGGAGGCAGCUGACUGGGCGCUGCCCGAGGAGGCCUUCCCGCUGCGCAGCGCGCCCCCCGCCCCCGACGCGCACCUGCCACACCUGCCACACCUGCCGCAUCUGCCACACCUGCCGCACCCGCCGCCGCACCCCUGCGACGAACACGACCUCGAUGGAGGUGAUGUGGUUCACUUCGUUUUUUAUUUAUUAGAGAGUAGGUUUUGA